AUGUCUUCAACUUAUGCCACCGACGGUGCCGGAGCAGUGAAUACUGGGAUCCCGCCGGGAAAACCCAUGUCGCUGGAGCAACAAAUUCAUGACAAAGGGUCUCAAAUGUUGCAGUCCUUAAGUCCCAUCAGGCAGAUGAGCCAACAUGCUUGUACUUUUGCUUUGUACAGCCAUGACAUGUCUCGUCAAAUCGAGACUCACCACUUCAUCACGCGACUUAACCAGGACUUCCUCCAGGCUGCAGUUUACGACACGGAUGACUCCAAUGGCCGUCUCAUCGGAGUGGAAUAUAUAGUUUCUGAUACUAUCUUUGAAACGCUGCCACCUGAGGAACAAAAACUCUGGCACUCUCAUGCCUACGAGAUAAAAUCUGGUCUUUGGGUUCACCCAAGAAUGCCAGAUAUGAUUGUCAUGCCGGAGUUAAAAAAUCUAACCAAAACUUACGGCAAGUUUUGGUGCACAUGGCAAACUGAUAGAGGUGAUAAACUUCCAUUGGGCCCUCCAUCGUUAAUGAUGUCUCCGCAAGCGGCGGAGGAUGGGGUGGUGAAACCAGAGUUGGUGAAGAAGAGAGAUGACAAAUACAACUUCUCAAGAGAUGAUCUGAUGAAGUCGAGGAUUGAGAUUCCGGAAUCAGAAUGGAUAAACCCAACAGCUGAUUACUGGAGGCAGCACAAGAAGUGUUUUGUAGUGGACGUAGAAAGCACGGAUAUGAAGAAACUGUGUGCUUUCCCUUAA